AUGGUUGUUCCUCCUCCUCUUCCUCCAGCAAAACCAAAUGUGACGCCUAAUCAUAUUUCUUCAACAUCAUCCAAUGAUCCAGUUCCGUGGUCUACAGGCCUCUGCGACUGUUUUGAUAACUGUGAAAAUUGUUGCUUGACUUAUUGUUGCCCGUGCGUGACAUUUGGUCGGAUAGCUGAAAUCGUCGAUAGGGGUUCCACGCCAUGUGGAGUGAGUGGAACAUUGUACGUGUUAAUAAUGUUAGCUACUGGUUGUUCGUGUAUAUACUCGUGUUUUUACCGGUCAAAGAUGAGAGGCCAAUUCUUCCUCCAGGAGACCCCCUGCACUGAUAUAUGCAUACAUUGUUGGUGCGAGCCCUGUGCCCUCUGUCAAGAGUAUAGAGAGCUUCAGAACCGUGGCUUUGACCCUUCUAUAGGAUGGUAUGGCAACCUGGAAACUCAAAGACGAACAAUGGCUCCACCCUUGCCUGGUGCUGGUGGGAUGAAUCGUCGUUAA